AUGAAAUUUGAAUCAAUACCCAACGAGAUUUUUAUUGAAAUCUUUGAAUUUCUUAGUAUAUUUGAUAUUUUUUAUUCCUUUAAUCAGUUAAAUGAUCAUUUCAAUCAACUUAUUCGAACAAUUCCGUUACAUCUGAAUUUUAAACAUAUUCAAAAAUCAACAUUUGAUCGAUUUUGUAAAUUCUUAUUAACAAAUCCUGAUGUAAAAAAUCAAGUUUAUUCAUUAAAACUAUCAAAUAAAGAUACUUGUGGUCAAAUCAAUGAGUUUUUAUCAUUUUUUUCACUUGAUGAAUUCAUUCAUCUUCAUUCAUUAACAUUAAUUCAAGUUAAAGAAAAUUCUUUGCAAAAAUUAAAAUCAAUAUUACCUUUAAUACCACAACUACAUUCUUUUCAUUUACUUGACUCCAAUGAUAUUCAAUUAACUUAUCCAUUACCAUCAAAUUUACAAAUAUUAACAAUUCCAACAUUAUCAUCAAUCGAUAAACUUUCAUCAAUUACAAAUCUCACAAUUUCUGGUUGUUCAAUCGAUCAGUUAUUAAAUUAUUUAUUCAAAAAUGCACCAAUGUUGACUUAUCUCAACAUUCAAUACCUUUCUUCAUAUUAUUCUACCAUAACAAAUUAUUCAAAUGUUAACUUUACGAAAGCUGUUCAUUUAAAAGAAUUAGUUAUAUCUAAUUUUCAAUAUAAAUUCGAAGAUUUUCAAUUCUUAGUAAAAUAUAUACCAAAAUUAAUAACUUUAAAAUUCACAGGAACGUAUGAUUUAGAUAUGAUUGAUGCUAAUCAAUGGGAAUCUCUAAUAACAUCUUCAUUAUCUUGUUUAGAAACCGUUAAAUUUAUAUUUAAUUAUAUAUAUAAACCUAAUGAUAGUCAUAUGGAAGAUAGAUUCAAUCAAUUUCAAACUGAUUUUUGGAUAAAACAACAUCAAUGGUAUACUGAAUAUUCAUUAUCAAAUUAUUCUGCAUUGAUUUAUACAGUACCGUAUAUGUUAAAUUCUUAUAAACUAGAUAUAGAUUCUAACAGAUAUUCGAAUCAGUUAAUUAAUACAUUAAAUAAUGUGAAAAAUUUAACAAUAUAUCAUGCGGCAAUACGAGAAACAUGGGGACAUUAUUUUCCAAAUGUUAUAUCAUUAACCAUACUUCCUCCAGAAUACACUCAUCGACCUACAUUAGGAACCCAAGCAGUUAGAUCAUUGAAACCGAUUGUUGAUUUAUCUAAUUUACAACAUUUAAGUAUUUCAUCAAAAUUUUAUAUAAAAGAUUCACAUGUAUUACUAAGAAUAUUACAAGAUUCACCAAAAUUAUCAUCACUGGCGAUUAGUGUUCGUGCUCUAGAACAGUUUGCAAUUGAUAAAGAAUUAUGUGAAUAUUUAAAUAAAAUGAUUAAGAAAUUGGAUAUAUAUAAAUAUCACUCUUCUUCAUUUAAAUUUCAUCAUCAAAUCGACGAAUUUUGUAAAAUAUUUUCCAAUAUUGAAGAACUUAAAUGUAAUAUAGUUCCAAAGGAUUAUUUAUUAUUUUUAUUACAACAUUUACCAAAACUAUCGAUAUUAAAAGCUUAUCUAUGGAAAAUAAAUGAUUACGAUUAUUUUUAUUUUUGGUUUAAAAAACAAACAAGCAAAUUAAAUCUAUUAUUUCAUAUGAACUAUAUAGAUAAAUAUGAAACAGAAUUAGUGGUUUGGAUUAACAGAAAUAUAAACUGA